UUAACAUCGUACAAAUUACUCACUACGUGUUUUUUUUAAACGGAUCUCGGUUACGUAAUAAAACCGCGUAAUAAAAGUUAGAUUUGAUAAAAGUAUCUAUACCUAUGCGAAGAGAAUGCUCGGAGCGGGGGAAAUAUUCUCGUAUAAAGACUUGUAUAUUCAUGUGCCGUUUAGAAUCGAAUGUAUAUGUGUUUUAGAAAGUGACAAGUGAUCGACCAUAAACGAUGGCUGCACCGACGCUAACUCUAACUAACGGAAAAAGAAUACCCGUUUUAGGACUUGGUACUUGGCAAGGUGGCGAUGAUCCAAGCAUCGUUGAACAAGCUAUACGGGACGCAGUAGAUGCUGGCUACCGACAUUUCGACUGUGCUUACAUAUAUGGCAACGAGAAAGAAAUCGGCAAAGCUUUGCGCGAGAAGAUUGCCGAGGGCGUGGUAAAAAGAGAGGAUCUGUUCAUUACGACAAAGCUAUGGAAUACAUCCCACAAGAGAGAGAACGUGGUACCUUCGUGUAAACAAUCUGUUGAAAAUUUCGGACUCGGUUACAUAGACCUCUAUUUGAUUCACUGGCCUGUGUCUUACAGCGAAAAUGCAAAAGGUCUUUGGCCAGUGGAUGAGCAGGGAAAUCCCAUGUACGGAUUCGACGAUUACUUGGACACAUGGCGCGGUAUGGAGGAAUGCGUGAAAUUAGGAUUGACAAAAAGCAUUGGCCUCAGCAACUUCAAUUCUCAGCAAAUUGAUCGUAUUUUAUCGAUCGCCGAGAUCAAGCCGGUGAUGAACCAAGUCGAGUGUCAUCCCAACUUGAAUCAAACCAAGCUACGACAAUUCUGCGCGGAGCGUGGCAUCGCUAUUACAGCCUACAGUCCAUUUGGCUCGCCUUUGCGACCAUGGGCGAAACCUGGCGAUCCGAAGGUCACGAUGGAUGCACCAGAGAUCGUCGAACUCGCCAAGAAAUACAAUAAAUCAUCUGCCCAAGUCAUUCUGCGAUACUUGGUUGACAUUGGUACGGUUCCUAUUCCAAAAUCCUGUUCGAAAGUGCGACUCGGUCAAAAUAUCGAUAUUUUUGAUUUCAAGCUGACUCCGCAAGAAAUUGCAAAGUUGGACAAACUGGAUACCGGAAUUCGCGUGUGCCCCGCUGCGGAGUUCAAGGGACACAAGGAUUAUCCAUUUAACAUAGAAUUUUAAAGGGCACAAACGAUGGUUAAUCUUGCUGUUCUCUCUGAAAAUAAUGUAAUUCUACUGUAACAUUCGAGGCAUAUAUUCCAUGUAUAUUUUUCCGACGCCUGUAAUUCCUGUUUUCCUGAAUAAAUUACUUUAAUUAUUACUUAAGAAAA